AUGAUCCAAAAGAUGCCGCCAUUCUACGAUACGCCAAUGCUUAUUAUGACUGAUACCAUCAUGGAUACUUCUAGCCCACUAACAGAAAUAGAUGAAAUUCAAAUUGAGCAAGGCACAACAACAGGAUUGCCGCCAACCAUUUCCUUUAUUGAGGACCAUUACCGUGACAACGACGAUGAUUUGGAAUUGGAUCCAAUUCCAAUCGACUCCAUGAUAGAUGGAGAAGGAGAAGAGGCUUUAGUUUCCUUUGCAGCUUCUCUCGACUGCUGCUUCCUCGGAGGCAACGAACAGAAUCUUCCUACGGAUCCCAACAGUGGUGAUGAACAAACCAUCAUUACAAGGAACAAAAAGUCUGAUUACAAAGGACGAAGGGUUAGAACCAAGAGACGAACCUUCUCCAAAAUCAAGGACCCCAAUGGCUACGCUGUGGAAUGCCACAAAAACGAUGUCCUACUCGGCCGCGGGGGUCAUGCCAGUAACAAUCCGGGAAACUUGUAUCUUUUGCAAGCAGUUCGAAUGUACAGUGCCGAAUACAAGAGUCUGGCCAAGACGGAACACGACAAGGUCCAGAAGCGAGCUAUUGUACGCCACAUUGUCUCUCAAAUGGAGACCAGGGGCAGCCGAUUCUUGUAUCGGGAAAAGAAGGGAGAACAAUGGCGAGAAGCCAGUGGUCGGGCAAUUUACGAGAAGAUUAGCCAUAUGCUACGGGACAAAUAG